AUGGCCCCCUCCAAAGCAUCGCGCAACGCCGAAGACCUCAAGAUAGACGCCCCCGGCCCCAAGGAAAAGGGCGCCGGCCACCAUGCGCCGGCCAAGAUGCGCCGCGGCGCCAGCCAGAUGAGCGCUUCCCAGCUUCGAGAGGCGCCAACCUCUGCUCCAGCCCAGGGCACCGCCGACGCGGCCCCGACGCUCAACUGGUCCUCGCUCGAGCGCGACACCCUCCACGCCUACCGCCGCCAACACCAGCUCAACACGCCGACCUCCUUCUCCACCUCCUACCACCAGUGGGUGCUGUCGCAGCCCGGCGGCAUCGGCCUCUACUCUCCCACCAUGGUAUGCAAGCGGAAACACCGGCGGCAGGGCAAGGAGCAGCUGGCCAUGGCCGUUCGCAAGCACUUCAACGGCAUGGGCAUCCAGGAGAAUGACGUCAUUGUCGACUUCAUCUAUAAAGUCCGCAGCGACAAGGCCGCAAAGGCCACCGGCCCCAAUAAGCAGGGCUUUCUCGUUGCCAAUUAA